AUGAUGGGAAUUCGAUUUGGCGCUUCUCAGGCUCGGGCGCUUCGCACAAAGAUGGCUGCCACGUCUCCUAUGACCUCUCAGACGCGGAAUAUCUCGUUCUCUUCGUACCUAGUGACCCCGGCCGAGCUUAACGAAGCUCUCAAGAAGAACCCGACAUCGAAGAUCUCUACCUCACCCCGGGUCAUUCCCCUAUGUGCUGCUUGGUUCAUGCCUAAUGACCCAGAAGGUCGCAAAGGCAUUGACUUGUUUCGGCAGUCUCGCAUUCCUCACGCCCGCUUUUUUGACCUCGACGGGGUCAAAGAUCACGAUUCACCUUAUCCUCAUAUGCUUCCCACAUGUGAGACUUUUGCUGAGGCAAUGAGCGAACUUGGUAUUCGUCGUGACGAUGAGGUGGUUGUCUACGAUACUGCCGAGUUAGGCAUCUUCAGUGCUCCGCGAGUGGGUUGGACAUUGCGUGUUUUUGGACACCCUAACGUCCAUGUUCUGAACAACUACCGUCUCUGGGUACGAGAAGGAUUUCCUACCGAGAGUGGUGAGCCGUCUCCAAUUGAGAAAAGCAAGUACCCCGUGCCGACAUAUGACUCGAAAUUGGUGAUCGCCUACCGUGAAAUGAAGGAGCUUGCAUUGGACUACGGGAAAGAGGGCGCAGAGGAGGUCGAAAUCUUGGAUGCUCGGUCUUAUGGUCGUUGGGCCGGAUCUGACCCUGAACCACGUCCUGGUCUCUCGUCAGGUCACAUUCCGGGCUCAAAGAGUUUACCCUUCCAGGAACUUCUUGAUCCUGAAACGAAAGCUUACCUGCCAAAGGACCAGCUGCGAGAAGUGUUUGAGAGCCACAAGGUUGAUCCCUCCCAGUCGAUCAUCAGCUCCUGUGGGACAGGCGUCACAGCAAGUGUCAUUGAGACUGCCCUUGGUGUCGCAGAGUAUGGUGAUCCUAAUCUUCGCCGGGUAUACGACGGCAGCUGGACAGAGUGGGCUCAACGAGUGAAAAUGUCGGAUAAUCUGAUCAAGAAAGUCCAGUCUUAG